AUGGCCAACAUGGACCACGAAAAUCUGAGGCAUCUGCAGGCUGCUUUCAAUGCCUCUAUCGACGACUUCAUCAAGACAGCUUCUGAGGAUGGGGACAACAAAGGACGAAUUGCUGAGCUGCAGGAGAGUAUCACCAACCAAGCUACUAUGAUACAGGCAGAGCUUGUUCCCCCUAUCACAAGGAUUCUUCAAAUGUCUUGGGGAGCAUCCAUCAACCUGGCUGCAAGAGUCGCUAUUGAUCUAGAUCUAUUCAACAAGAUUCCAGAGAGUGGGAUUGGACUCGAUGAGCUGGUGGAGAAGACAGGGGCUAGCAGGAACAUUGUUCUACGAAUUCUGCGGAUGCUCACAGCCUCUCACAUCGUCGCUGAGAUGGCACAAGACACAUACGCCGCUACGCCAGUGUCUAAGCUCCUCACAGUCCCCGAGCUCAGAGAUCUGAUUAAAAUGACCCACGAUAACAUGCACCCAAUCCUUUCGGCCACACCAGCUUAUUUGAGAAAGACUGGCUUCAAAGACAUGAGUUCAACGGCCAAUGCCUGCGUGGACCUAUACGGCGUACCGUUCUGGGAAGCCAUCGCACGGGAUCCAGAGCAAAUGGCAGCCUUUCAAUCCGCCAUGGCGACCCAGGAGAACCUCCCGCCGGAAACGGUCCCUCAGUACCCUUUCUCCGAAGACUUCAGUGACAUUGCCCCUGACUCUGUCCACCUCGUCGACGUAGGCGGCGGACGAGGCUUCGCUUUGCGAGAUCUCCUAGAUAAGUACCCCGACUUCCCCGGUCGACUCGUCCUACAAGAAUACCCUUCCGUCAUCGAAGACGCAAAGAAAGCAAACCUCUCCUCACGAAUCGACCUCAUGCCCCACGACGCAACGCAUCCCCAGCCCAUCAAAGGCGCGAAAUACUACUACUUCCGCCGCGUCUUCCAUACCUGGCCAGACGUCACCGCCAUCGCAGCCCUCAAAGCGCUGCACGGGGCGUUCAAGAAGGGCUAUUCGAAGGUUCUGAUCCAGGACGAGGUUAUUAGGGAUGUUGGGUGCGAGCCGCAGAAGGCUUCGCAGGAUAUCAGUAUGAUGAUGCUGGGGGCUAUGGAGAGGAGCGAGGGGCAGUGGAGGGAGGUUUUGAGGGAAGGUGGGUUUGAGAUUGUGAGGAUUGUUAGGGCGGACGUUGGGGGGUUGGGGGUUAUUGAGGCUGAGUUGGUGGAGUGA